GAGGGAGGGAGACAGAGAAGGAGAGAGAGAAAGAGUGCAGAAGAGAGAGGUAGAGGGAGGGAGCGAGAGAAAAAGAGAGCAGGAGAGAGAAAGAGAGAGAGAGUAAGUGAGUGAGAUCGCUGUGCAAUUUGGCAGCAGAUGAGUGUGAAAGAAAUCCGGCUCAGAGAGAGUGGAGAGAAGAAGAAAAAAAGGCAUGCCCAGAAUGCCACCAGAGCUCCACAAAGAGGGAAAGGGGGACUGAAAGAGACAGAGGAGGACGUGUUCAUGCUAAAAAGAAAAGAGAGAGGAAACAGAGAGAGUGGGAAAACUCCUUCCAAACUAGGUACUGAUGAGAUGAGGACGAGUUCCACGCAUACAUUUGGGAAAGAAGUGUGUCUGAGUGUCUGAGUGUGUGUGUGUGUGUGUGUGUAGGAUUCUAUUACCAAAGGUUGGCUCUCACGUCUUAGACUUAGAGGGCAAACAGAGAGGAAGGAUGCCAGAACAAAAAGUUAGCCUCCCUGCUAAGCUGAUUAAUGGAGGCGUGGCCGGGCUGGUGGGCGUGACCUGCGUGUUUCCCAUUGAUCUGGCUAAGACCCGCCUCCAGAAUCAGCAGGGUGCUCGGGUCUAUAGCGGGAUGUUGGACUGUUUGACCAAGACGAUCAGGACAGAAGGCUACUUUGGGAUGUAUCGAGGUGCUGCGGUGAACCUCACCCUCGUAACGCCGGAGAAAGCGAUAAAACUUGCAGCCAAUGACGUUUUCAGACAAAAGCUCUCCAGGAACGGGAAGUUACCGUUAUGGGGUGAGAUCCUCGCAGGCUGUGGGGCAGGAACCUGUCAGGUGGUGGUCACAACCCCGAUGGAAAUGCUCAAAAUACAGCUGCAGGAUGCUGGACGAUUGGCGGCACAGAGGACCGUGUCCACCUCGGCUCCCGCCUCCUCGCCGUCUCUGGCGCCGUCUCAUCAAGCUGCGGUGCGUCGCUCAGCCACGGCCAUAACGCUGGAGCUGCUGAGGACGCAGGGCCUCCGGGGCCUCUACAAGGGCACAGGAGCUACUCUGCUCAGGGAUGUUCCGUUCUCCAUGAUCUACUUCCCGCUGUUUGCCAAAUUUAACGCGGUGGGCCGGAGCGGAGAUCUCCCACAUGAGCGAGCUCCUUUCCUGCAGUCCUUCGUGUCGGGAUGCGCCGCCGGCUCGGUGGCGGCCGUGGCUGUUACUCCGCUGGACGUCAUAAAGACUCGUCUUCAGACCCUGCAGAAGGGGGAAGGAGAAGAUUCAUACCGGGGCAUCAUCGACUGUACACGGCGCAUCCUGAGCCGAGAAGGACCGUCAGCCUUCCUUAAAGGAGCGACGUGUCGAGCUCUGGUCAUCGCGCCGCUUUUCGGGAUCGCACAAGGCAUCUACUUCCUGGGUGUGGGUGAGCAGGUGAUGAAGCUGCUGGGAUAGAAAUGAAGUGUCAUAUCAGUGAGCAAACACACAGUACUGUUUCAAUACGAGGAGAGAGAGAGGGCCUGGUGGUUAGUGAAGGAGUAUGUGAUUAAAAUGAAACAGAUGUCCACUUACAUAACCAAAGUUCUAGACAAAAAAAGGGCUGUCCAUGCGAUCAUAAGCACUGACGUUGCACACUGAGUGUCUAAAGGAUGUAAACAGGGUUCUUUGUACUAAACAGGGAAACAGAAAGAAUGUCGGAUGAAAUCCAUCACUAGUACACAAGCAUAGUUUGGGAUUAAAUAAAUAAAUAAAUAAAUAAAUAAAUGGCAUGCAAGUGGAUCAGAGUUAAACGUAGAAGAAGAAACUUGGUGCUUUGCUCUAUAUGAGUGUAUAAGAGAUAUUAUAGGAUGCGCUGCUGUGCUUUAAAUCCUCUUCAUUUAUAAGCUUCAUUCUGCUGCAUUACGCUGCGCUUUUUAACAUGUUCCCCCGCACCGCGACAGCUUCAGUAAAUAAACAUUAUGCAAAUCACUGCAAUCCAGCCAAUCAGGAUAAGGAGGCGUGUCUACUCCCCUACGUUUAGGACACCGUGCACUUACUUUUUUCGAGUGAAUGAUGGUUGCAUCGAUUUGGCUUCGAAAUUUAGCAAUAGCUAGCGCUAUUUUACUUCUUUAAGUACUUUUAAGAUGAUGACUCCGACCCCAGCGAGAUUUUAAUAAAGAAAUUUACAUAAAUAUAUGGCAAAAAAUAUAUAUACGGAUUCGUACCGUAAGCUCCCAACAGUCUGGUAUUAACCCUUAUGUUCUGUUCUGGUUUAUCUGUUUAUUUUAUUUAUUUAUCUUUUAAAAAAAGAACGAAAAAUAGUGUGCCAGUGAUUACAAGUGAAUUCAUUAUUCAUACUGAUCCAAUGUUAAUGUUAAUACUUCCUGUUAUAAUAUUUAGAUAAAGUAGAACAAAAAAAAAUGAGUCGAACAAAGAGUUGAACAAAAAAAUGAGUCGAACAAAAAAAAGAGUCGAACAAAAAAAGAGUCGAACUAAUGAGUCAAACGGAAAAAUGAGUCGCACAAAUGAGUCAAAUGGAAAAAUGAGUCGAACAAAAAAAGAGUCGCACAAAUGAGUCAAAUGGAAAAAUGAGUCGAACAAAAAGAGUCGCACAAAUGAGUCAAAUAGAAAAAUGAGUCGAACAAAAAGAGUUGAACAAAAAAAUGAGUCGAACAAAAAGAGUUGAACAAAAAAAAUGAGUCGAACAAAAAAAGAGUCGAACAAAAAAAGAGUCGAACUAAUGAGUCAAACGGAAAAAUGAGUCACACAAAUGAGUCAAAUGGAAAAAUGAGUCGAACAAAAAAAAGAGUCGCACAAAUGAGUCAAAUGGAAAAAUGAGUCGAACAAAAAAAAGAGUCGAACAAAAAGAGUCGCACAAAUGAGUCAAAUAGAAAAAUGAGUCGAACAAAAAAGAGUUCAACAAAUAAAAUGAGUCGAACAAAAAAAGAGUUGAACAAAAAAAAUGAGUCGAACAAAAAAAAGAGUCGCACAAAUGAGUCAAACGGAAAAAUGAGUCGAACAAAUCAACACCUUCUGACCAAUCAGAAUCCUUCAGUAUUCAGUAGCAAUGUUUUUUUUUUGUUUUUUUUUAAAUAUAUCCUACAUGUGUAUUGGAACAAAAUCUAAAUCAAGGACCAGAACAUGAGGGUUAAUCCCUGCUGGAUGCUUCCCCAGGGUCAGCACCGCUCCUUUACUUUACCUUCAGUCAGAUAUUACAGCACAGAGCACAGGACUCCACGCUCUCCAGAGUUAUAACACAGGCACCAUCACUGGGUUUAUUACGAUCGCCUGAAUAAAAUCAUGUGUGACCCUUAAACAUGACCCAAGAUCACCGAAAAAUAAAAUAUUAAUCUCCUUAUACUCAUGAUAUAUAUAUAUAUAUAUAUAUAUAUAUAUAUAUAUAGGUGUGUAGUGACCUGCAAUUUGUUCUAAAAAUGAAAACUGAUAUUUUGUUGUUGUCAUGACCAUUCUAUGUUAGAUAGCUGUACACACUAUAACACCAAAAAACCUGCACAUGGUCACGAAGUGGCUUAUUAUAAAGGUUUUUUUGUUGUUGUUUUUUUAAUGAAAAAUGACCAGAACUGGUCACAUGACACUCAUAUGCAGCAAAACCUCCGUAAAACAACAAUGCAAAAAUAAAUAAAUAAAUAAUUAAAUAUAUAUGUUGUUUUUAAACAUAGAAAGUUGGAGUAUUAUUACUGUACUGAAAAGAGCACGAGUAACAUUUAAAAAUACAAGCAGAAAUGAGAGUUGUGACGUAAAGACACGUUAAGAAGCAAACUAGCGCCGCCUUGUGGCUGGAUUUUACACUACAGUCUGAUUGAAAUCAAUAAGGUUUUCUUUUUUUUGUACUUAUUAUUCAGUAAUUUCCGUGUAUUCUAUUUAAAUCAGGUUUGAUAUGAUUACAUGUACAGUGACUGUAUAUUCUGACUGUACAUUUGUACCACUACACGCCUUUUAACUGUAACUUUUAAGCUCAGUUUACGACAUUUAGCACAAUAUUGUCUCCGAUGAAUCCAGUCCCUCCAGGAAUUAAACGGAAAAUCAGUCAAAUUCGGAGAAGAUUUGACAAAACGGUUGCAGAUUUGGGAUGGGGCGCGCCGUGUGACAUCGUAACCGCGUGUCCAGCCAGCGCUCUCCUCGAUUCACGUGCGCUGAACGACUGUCGUAGAAAAUAAUGACAUAUGUGUUGUCUUCACUUUUUAAGAAAAGAACCAUGUUCUCAGAGUAAAUUUCCACAAAAGAAAUAAUAAAAAAUUACAAAACCACUCCUGGAGAGACUGGAUACUGGCAUAACUGUACACACACUUCUCCUACAGGUGUAUCUACCAUGGCUUCACUUUUUUUUUUAAUCAAGGUUCCCUUAAAGGUUCUUUGGAUGUUUUAAUGGUUCUUGUUUCCAAAGAGGAACUCCUUUUAAAUAGAAAAUGAAAUCCUCUGUUGGUUUGUGUGGUUAAAACUAAAACCUUUAACGGUUCAUUUAGAAGGACAAACCUUUUUAUUUUUCCCUGCAGUGGGGCUCGAAAGUUUGUGAACCCUCUAUAAUUUUUUUUAUACUGUAUAUCUGCAUAAACGUGAGAAUCAAAUUAAACAAAUGUGGCAAAAUUUACAUUAGAUGCCAAAUCCUUAACCAGAGCAACAUUUUAUACAACUGAGGGUUAAGGGCCUUGCUCAGGGGCCCAGCAGUGGCAGCUUGGUGGACCUGGGAUUCAAACUCACAACCUUCUGCUUGGUAGUCCAGCACCUUAACCAUAUAUAUAUAUAUAUAUAUACACUGUCCACAUACAAAAAGAAUAUAAAAUAUAUACUUAAUCAUUUAUUUACUGAGGGAAAUGAUCCAACAUUACAUGUGUGAGAGGCAAAAGUAUAUGACCCUCUGCUUUCUGGUGUGACUGGACUGGACUUAUGUAGAUACACAGUAUAGAAAAUUCUAAAGGGUUCACAAACUUUUCAGCAUCACUGAAUGUAUAGUUUCCACCAGGUGUAGGACAGAGUUUAUCUCAAAUACUUGCUGAAAUAAAAAGGCAGUGUUGCUUCAUCUAGAGCGUGACAGUAUUUCUAGUGUCCACAAUCUGACGCUGGACCUCGUUUAUCAGUUCGGAUAUAAAUGGAAAGGGUUUACUUGUAGACUGCUCACUGGAACACUUCUCCAUGAUAUUAUAUUAAAAAUCCAGUUUUUAUAAAGGAAAUCAUAUUCAUGUUUGUAUGUCUCGCUGUGUCGUUUACAUAAAAUCCAAAGGAUCUAAAAAUCGAAAACAAUAAAUGAUUUCAAUUAUACACAAUCACCUGGGGAAAAAUGCAAUCCGAAACAAUUCUAUAAGCCAUUCUAGCUAUUCAGUUAGUACAGAAGUAAUUGCACCCUAUUAAAAGCGGACGGAUUAAGUGUGUGUGUGUGUGUGUGGUAUACAAUGAGCUGCAUUAGUGGAAGACUUCUGUGUUUAGGAGCCCGUUUAGUCGCCAUUUUCAGGUCACUGAACGCUUUAUAGAGUUUUGUGGCUUUCCAGAAUCACCUGUUCUGAGAAUGUGCUUGUUAACUUAAAGCUGAUUUCUAUCCACACACAAACAAUAUUAAAAUCAGCUUUUCUGAAACGUAAAUCUGGCCGGAAUUUGUAUUUUGGGUUUUUGCACACACAGCUUGACUAAAACGAUCGAUAAACGAGGCCCGUGGUGACCGUAAGCACUUGUGUAUGCACGACACUAUAAUGCAGAAUUGACUGGAGGUGCAGUUUUGACAGUAUUGUGUCCAAACGAAACAUCAUUUGUCCAGCACUUCAACAGGAGAAGUUAUUUCAUGUGAUGUACAUACUGUAUGUGAUGAAAUAUAUGUACUAAUUUGUUCUCAUUUUCAAAGACAAUGAAAGAAGAAAUAAGGUAUACUUGUUUUGUUUUUUGGUUGACGUUUGUAUUGUAACAAAGGAUUUUAACACAACACCAGUACUGAAUGUUUCCAAAUAUAGAAAUAAAAUAUAUUUGAUUUA